UUGGAAUUAGAGAGAAAAUACACUGGUGUAAACAAAGAAUAAAUAAACAAGAAAAUAAUAAAAUAAAAACAAUAUUUGUUUUUGGCUAUGUGGCUGGAACUUCUCUUGUUUGCCGCUGCCAGCGCUGUGCUCUUUUAUCGCUGGGCAACAAAAAACAAUGAUUUUUUCAAACAACGCAAUGUACCCUAUGGCAAACCGGCAUUCUUGUUUGGCACUGUGAAGGAGAUAACUUUGAAUAAGAAGAGUCGUUUCGAUGCAAUGAUUGAAUUUUAUAACCAACACAAUGGACCAAUUUAUGGUAGUUUUGACCAUCGUGAUCCGCUCCUUGUGAUACGCGAUCCUCAGUUGAUAAAACGCAUAUUGAUAAAAGAUUUCGAUCAUUUCGUUAAUCGACGUGGAGCCUUUGCCGAGGGUUCGGACAAUAUGUUUGGUAAUUCCUUGUUUCUAAUGGAGGACGAUAGAUGGCGUGAUAUGAGAAAUACAUUGAGUCCUGCUUUCACUGGUAGUAAAAUGCGUCAAAUGUUUCAAUUGAUCUUGCAAUCGAUACACGAAGCCAUGACUUAUUUGAAGGAGUAUCAAAUGGAUGAGGAAAAUUCUGUGGAAGGCUUCGAAAUGGAUGUGAAAGAUUUUACCACUCGACUUACCAAUGAUAUCAUAGCCUCAACUGCAUUUGGCCUGGAGGUGAACUCAUUUCGCGAUAAGGAUAAUGAAUUCUAUAAGAAAGCAAUGUAUAUUAUGAGCUUUCCGCCAUGGAUACAAAUCAAACUAAUGUUUACCAUGAUCUUUCCCACUUUGUCAAAGUAUCUCAAUGUCAACAUCUUUGGCAAGGAGUAUACCGACUAUUUCACCAAUUUGGUAUUCGAUGCCAUGAAAUACCGCCAGCAGCAUAACAUACAACGUCCCGAUUUGAUACACCUACAUGGCAUGAUAGCCAGUGACAAUGCCAAACCACACAAUCGUGAAUGGUCUGAUUUGGAUUUGGUGGCCCAAUGUUUUGCCUUCUUUUUUGCUGCUUUGGAAACAUCAUCGCUUGUUAUGAGUUUUGCAGCUCAUGAGCUAAUGGAAUACCCCCAGGUGCAACAGAAACUCUGGGAGGAAAUACACAAAACUGAAGACGCACUUGAGGAGGGGCAAUUAGUUACACCGGAAAUUAUACAAAAAAUGUCCUAUUUAGAUAUGGUCUUGUCGGAGGUUUUACGCAAAUGGCCGGUUAUUUUCACCGAUCGCAAAUGUACCAAAGAUUAUGUCUACCAGUUGCCAGAGACGGGAGAACGCAUUGAAAUACGCCAAGGUGAUAUGUUGCGCAUCAUAAUGUCUGGCCUGCAACGUGAUCCCAGUUAUUAUGAAAAUCCCGAUGUUUUUGAUCCCGAACGUUUUAGUGAGGAAAAUAAAUCCAAAAUUGAUGCGGGGAUAUAUUUGCCCUUCGGUUUGGGUCCUCGCAGCUGUAUUGGCAUGCGUUUUGCUUUAUUGGAAGUUAAAACGUUUCUUUACUAUUUGGUUAGAGACUAUCAGCUUGAAGCUUCACCCAAGACCACCCUUCCCAUGGAGAUAUCAACAGCUAAUCUUCAUUUCCAGCCUAAAGGAGGUUUCUGGCUUAAGUUUAAACCAAGAAAUUGAAACAUUUUUUUCAGUGUACUUAAAAAGAUAUUUAAUAAAAAAUAAAGUAAGGAACUAAUAAUUAA